UGUGCGCUUGAAGGAAGCAAAAAUAUCGCAAACGGGAAAUUUAUCACCCCAAAAGUUGUAACUUAAGAGUGUUUAAUAAUCAUAAUUGAUUAUAAGUUCUAUUGUGCUUCGUGUUGAAGCGAAUGGUACAAAAAGAAGUAUUAUAUACUAGGCGAACCAGAGAGGACAUUCUACCAAUCAUCUAGAAGUGCUAGUAGGUGGUGAACCAUUAUGGCUGAUAUUGUAUACCCACCCGGAUGUCGACCUAUAAACGAAGAUCUCGGACCGGAUGAGUUGAUCCGGCGACUGAAAACGUUAACACACACACUGCAGGCCAUGGGUCAGGACGAGGGCAUGUACACUCAGUACAUUCCAUUGGCGGUACAUUUGGCAGAUGAUAAUUUCCUGCAGCAUCCGUCCAGGGAUGUACAAUUGCUGAUUGCUUGCUGCAUUGCCGACGUAUUACGUGUAUACGCACCCGAAGCUCCGUAUAAGGAUCAAGAUCAGAUAAAAGGAAUUUUCUUAUUCUUGAUCAAGCAAUUGAAUGGUUUGAAAGACCCGAAGGACCCUGCAUUCAAGCGAUACUUUUAUUUGCUGGAGAACUUAGCCUACGUUAAGUCUUUCAACAUGUGCUUCGAGCUUGAAGACUGCCAGGAAAUUUUUUGCACCUUGUUUAGCUUGAUGUUUAAAAUUGUCAAUGACGAGCACAGCAGCAAAGUGAAAUCAUUUAUGCUGGACGUACUUUGUCCACUGAUCACAGAAUCGGAUUCCGUAUCGUACGAUUUGCUGGAUUUAAUAUUCAUCAACAUUGUGGAACCAUUGCGCACGCAGAGGAAAAAUGCUUACCAUUUGGCCAAAGACUUGAUCGUGAAAACGAGUGACACGUUAGAAUCAUACACGCAGGCAUUUUUCAAUCAAAUUCUCAUUCUAGACAAGUACGAAAAGCAGUACCAGAUAAUGUCAAAAAUCUAUGAUGUCAUCUACGAGUUGAAUGUGAUCAGUCCUAGCAUACUCCUCUCGGUCCUUCCUCAGCUAGAAUGUAAGCUCAAGUCCGCACAGGAGAACGAACGAUUGAAAGCCGUUUCUCUACUGGCAAGAAUGUUCUCGGAAAAAGAUUCUUCAUUGGCCAAACAAUACGGUCCACUAUGGCGACAGUUUCUCGGUAGAUUCUACGACAUUGCUGUUCCUAUUCGAAUUAAAUGUGUUCAAAGUACGAUGCAUUUCCUAUUGAAUCACCCACAUCUCAGAAAGGACAUAAUUGAUAUUUUGAAGGUACGUCAACACGAUUCUGACGAAACGGUCCGCUACGAGGUAGUAAUGGCCAUAGUUGAAACAGCGAAACGAGAUUUUCAGAUUGUAUCCGAGUCGGAGGAUCUGCUAGAGUUUGUAAAAGAACGAACGUUGGAUAAAAAGUACAAAAUCCGUAAGGAAGCGAUGAAUGGGCUAGCAAUGAUCUACAAAAAAUAUUUGAGUGACAGUAAUGUUCCGGAAGCAACCAAAAAGGCGGUGAAUUGGAUAAAGGAUAAAAUUUUGCAUGGAUAUUAUAUGACUGGUAUCGAAGAUCGGUUGCUUGUAGAGCGUCUUCUGAUCACUUGUUUGGUACCAUAUCAACUUCCUGCAGAGGAUCGAAUGAAGAAAUUAUAUCAAUUGUUGGGAACAAUAGAUGAAAACGCGACGAAGGCAUUCAUCGAGCUACAGAAAAACCAACUAAAAGUGCGUCGCAGCGUUGCUGAGUGGAUUAAACUGCAUCGAAUCAAAGAGAUCACACUCAACAUUCAGAAAGAUAUGAAUGCAAAAUGCGCCAAUAUCGCUAAACAACUUCCGGAACCGAUCAAAGCUCAAGAGUUUUUGCUCAAGUUCAGCGCUCAAAUGCGUAAAGAUCCUAAACUGAUCUCCGAAAUGGAAAUUAUUUUGAAACGAGAUGUCACUUGCAAGGAAUGUGCCGAUACAAUGGCAAUUGUGUUGAAGAAACUAGGACAACCUAUCAUGACUAACACGUAUUACAAUACGGUAAAAAUGUUGCUGGAACGAAUCGCUUCAGUUAUGGUAGACAAACAAUCCAUUGGAAUUCUGAUUGAACUCAUUCAAGAAUGUAUGAACGGUUCAGAAGUCAUUGAUGAGGUCAGCUUACCGUCAGAAUCAGCUGGAGAGCGCGGUCUUAAACUGCUCACCGUGCUUGCAUACGUAUUUUCAGCCCACUUUCAGCACGAGGAAAUUCUGCGCCAUAUGAUAGGGUUGUUAAAUUUUGAUGAAGAAUACGUUGCACCUUACGUUCUGAAAGCUUUCACAUAUCUUGGACGAUACAAACCCAUUAUCGAGUCUCAUUUGGAAAUAGUGAAGGAACUUGGUCCCAUUUGCAAAGAAUUUGCUGUUGCUGGUUCACCGAAACAAGCAAAGCACGCAAUCCGAUGUAUGUUUGUUAAUACGCAAACUAGUGAUCCAAAUGUGGAUACAAGCGUAGACAUUUUUCCGGAAAUUGUAGAAUCGUUUAAGCUCACCUUAAACCCAGAAAAUGAACACUAUCGUACGGCAAUUGUUAGUCUGGGUCAUAUUGCCUACAAUUUACCCGACAAAUUCCAUGUACAAAUCAAAAAUAUAAUCUCACGAAAAAUAGUCAAAGAGCUGUUGGUGAAGGAGACCUCCAACAACAGAUCUGACGUGCCCACUAUGGAUUGGUGUGAUGAAGACGAUCUUCCGGAGGAGACACGGUGCAAAGUGGAAGGUCUAAAAACAAUGGCUCGUUGGUUACUCGGUCUUAAAAAAGAUGUCCUAUCGGCGCAGAAAACGUUCCGAAUGCUUAAUGCAUUCAUCAGCAAGAAAGGUGAUCUACUCGAACAGGGAACUCUUUCAUCGGCUGAAAAAUCAUGGUUGCGGCUAAGUGCGGGCAAAGCAAUGCUUAAAAUUUGCGAGCAGAAAGGCGUUGGAGAUCAGUACAUAGUGGAACAAUUCUACAACCUUUCACAGCUGAUGUCGGAUCCGGUUAUUGAGGUACGUGACAUAUUCGUCAAAAAAUUGCACAAAGGUCUGAACAAAGGAAUUCCUCACAAGUGUCUACCGUUGGACUUUAUGGGAUACUACGUACUAGCAGGACGUGAAGCAGACAGAAAGCUCCAGCAGCAGAUUAAAACUAACAUUGAAACAGACGUCAAUCGCCGAAGAGAGUACGUCAAAACUUUUGCUACAGUGGAGCGCGCAAUGAGUCAACUUCCUCAUAUUCUACCAGACUAUAUGUUGGUUUUUGCUGUACCAGUAUUAACUCACGAUCCCCGUUUCACGCGACACACGGAUCCGGCCCAGCUGCGACAAAUUGAACGUUGCCUAUGGCUUAUUUUAGAACCAUUAGUUACUAACAAAGAGUUCUUCUGUUUUGGCUUUUAUAAAAAUUUGAUUGAGCGAAUGAAAAAUCAUAAAGAUGCUCUUAAACCUGACGAUGAGGAAACUAAUCAAAAAAUGUGGGCUAUAUGUGACGUAGCACUUGGAUUGAUUCUGACCAAAGUGAACACAUACGAUGGACGAGAUUUUCCAGUAGAUGCACGCAUUCCGUCUAUGUACUUUCAAACACAAUCCGAGAAUUUCCAUAAUACCAGAUUGUACAUACCAGAGGACAUGUAUAACCUGACCGGAUCAAAUUCUGCCUCCACAAAGAAAGCUCUUGCAGGAUCGAAUGACCGAAAAAAAGCAUCCAGCUUAAAACAUAUGGCUAACAGCGAAGGAAACGAAGAUGGACCGGAAGAUCUGGAUGAAGACACCGGAGCUGAAGACGACGGGCCACCGACGAAAAAAAUGUAUGCUAGUAGAAACGAUGAAGAUUAAUCGCAUACUGGAAGCGGUUGCAUCUAAUGAGUAAAAUGUUUAAAUCAUAGGACUACGAAGGUUUAUCAUUUUUUUUUCUGAAAGUAGUAUGCAUGAACUACAUGAAUACUUUUUAUCGAUUCGUGUUUAAAUUUAGGUCCAAUCGUAAAGUAAGUAUGCAGUUAGUAAGCAACAAAUUAUAUUUUAUAAAGUUGCAUUAUUAUUUAUAAAAUUGGACCUGCAUGAUGUCUGUAUUGAAAAUCGAAAUUGCAUUCUUUAGUUUCUCGUUCAGAUGAAAAGGAAAUUUCGAAAAUCCUUGUUAGACACGAUAAGGUAGGAUAUAAAGUGAAUAAAGAUAUUGCAAUCAAUCGUAAUACGGAA